CGCUUAGCCGGUGCCGCUGUUGCCACGCCAUGGCGUUGUCCUCGUCCUCCUCGCGCCUGACGCCGCUGCAGCCCGUCACUCACCUCAUCUUUGACAUGGAUGGCCUCCUUCUGGAUACUGAACGACUUUAUACUAUUGUGUACCAAGAAAUCUGUGACCGCUUUGGAAAGACGUACACUUGGGAUGUGAAAUCCUUAGCAAUGGGUAAAAAAACAUUGGAGGGAGCAGAGAUAAUUCGAGAUGCCCUAGACCUUCCAAUGACCAAAGAAGAACUAGUGCAUGAAAGUAAAAUUAAACAAGAAAAAAUAUUUCCCAUGGCUGCAUUGAUGCCAGGAGUUGAAAAACUAAUCAACCAUCUACAUCAACACAAUAUACCCAUAGCUGUUGCCACUAGCUCGUCUAGAGUGUCAUUUGAAAUGAAAAUAAGUCGACACAAAGACUUCUUUAAUUUAUUUCAUCAUAUUGUGUUGGGAGAUGACCCUGAAGUGAAGGAUGGCAAGCCACAACCUGAUGUGUUUUUGGUCUGUGCAAAGAGGUUUAAUCCUCCUCCAUCUCCAGAAAAGUGUCUUGUAUUUGAAGAUGCUCCCAAUGGGGUCAAGGCUUCACUGACAGCUGGGAUGCAAGUGGUCAUGAUUCCAGAUGAAAACCUCAACAAAGAUCUUACAAAAGAAGCAACUCUAGUACUCCAGUCUAUGGAUGAUUUCAAGCCAGAACUAUUCGGUUUACCACCAUUUGAUUGAGAACUGAUUUUCCCCCCAUUUAUUUUUAAUAAUUUCAAGUCACCCAUCCUGAUUUGAGGGAAGAAUAGACUUUUGUAGACUAUGGUAAUCAUAAUGUUGCAUUUUGAUAAUUACACUAUUUGAUUGGGAACUGAUUUUUUUCCCAUUUAAUUUUUAAUCGUUGCAUGUUACCCAUCCUGAUUUGAUGGAAGAAUAGACUUUUGGAGACUUAUGAUAAUCAUAAUGUUGCAUUUUGACCAUUUUGAUCAUUACACCUUACUUGAUCAUUACACCUUACAUAUUCAUUCAAAUGGAGCGGUGCUAGAUGGAAAGAUGGGGCCUAUAGCAUACAUAGCAUGCUACAAAAUGCCUCUCUGCUUUUUUUAAAAAAAACAGUUUCUUGUCAAUUUGCUCUUAACUCUUCAAAAGACACAUUUAAUGAAGUACAAGGUACUGCUGCCAAAGGGAAGAUAGUGAAAUGUUUGGUUUUGUAUUUAAGUUCCAUUUCAUGCCUAAAUCAUCUCUGAAUUAUGUCUAUUGUUUUGCCCUGUUUAACAUUUUAAGAACAUAAGAAGAGCCAUGCUGGAUCAGACCAAAGGUCUAUUUAAAGCUUCAUCACACUGGGGGUUAACACACUCCCUAACUGGCUUCUCUGCCCGUGUUUUCUUUCCUCAGUUACUUCCUCUUUUCAAAAGAGGGAGUACAGAACCAACACGAGGCCCAUUCAGUCUGCUGUUUUAAUGGUGCUGCUUCUCCUGCAUACAGCAGGAGAGAGCAGCAAGUCCGAGUUUAAAAAAAAACCAUCAGACUUAAUGAGUUUGGUUUUUGUGGUGCAAGGAAGGCCAGAAGGGGCAUGGGAAGCAGACGACGUCAUGUGAGGGACCUGAGCAAACUCCGUGAGUGCCCUGUAACGAGCGUGCAAUAAAACGCUCGUUGGAUGGAGUUUUUAGUCCAGAAUUCUGCUCUCAGAGUGGCUGACCAGCUGCCUGUGGGAAACCCUCAAGUAGGACAUAGGUGCAAUAGCAUGCUUCCACUCAUGUUCUCCAGCAACUGCCCUACAUAGGUAUACCGCCUCUGAUACUGGAGAUAGCUUACAGCCAUCAGGACUAGUAGCCAGUGAUACCCUCAUGCUCUUUGAAUUUGUCUACUUCCCUUUUAAAGUUACCCAAAUUGAUGGCAAUCACAUCUUAUAGUAACAAAUUCCAUAGCUUCUGCAAUCUUCUGUGUUCAGCUUGAAUAUGAGUUAGUAUAGUCUAAAGCUUCUCAGGCAUUCUGUUGCAAAAUGCUUGUUUGCCUGGGUCAAACCAACCAAAUAGAUUGAAAGGCUGCAGGCAGGUCCCUCUUAAUUUUUACCUCUGUGCAGUGCUCCUAAGUGCUUAAAAAGUAAUUGAUUCAGUAGCAUGAUUAUAAUUUCUUUAUACAGGCAGCUGCUAACCAGCUCAGCCAAGCACCUCUCCUGUUGUUGCCUUUACUUAUGCACAAACCGACAAUUUUCUGUUUCUAGUUCCAUGGUGCUUUUGCCCUUUUCUCUUUCCUUUCUCUGCCAAUGUCAGAAAAAAAUAUAUCUUGCCAGCUUUAGGGAACCAUUUGCUCUUGGAAUUCUGCUAAGUGCAACAGCAAUUUUCCUACUUCUUUUUCUCCUUCCAACUUACCUUCUUUCUUGAUUAAUCCUAUCUGAUGAAGCCAUGACUGACUCCUUUGUUCAGACUGAACUUUCUGAUUGUUGUUUUCUUUGCUGUCUUCGCUGAAGUUUUGAUGUGAAUUGUACCUUUUGAGUAUGUCUGCAUGUCUAGUGAUAGUAUGUGUAACAUUGCCUAUGGAAAAUAGAAUUGACUGUACCAAGAAAAAACAUUUUUGAAUAAAUUUUGCUAAUUUGUCAGAA